GCACCAGGUUUCCCUUCCCCCGGAUGAUCACGUAUUAUGCUUCGAUUUGCUUUACUACGUAAGCGCCCAUCAUACAUGGGAAUGGGAAUUAGACUAUUCUCCCGCAUGGAGAUUUGUAGGCCAACACAUGCGAUGGACUGCAAAUAUGGAAAACAUUGCCGAUGCGCAUGCUCGACGCGCCAUGAAUGUACCAGUAACUGAACCAACACCUCCCUAUAUAUCGAUCCACAUACGGCAUGGCGACUUCAGCAAACAAUGCGAGGAGUUUCCAGUGGACCAGUGCUUUGCCCCGUUGUCUGUUAUUGCGCGCAGGGUGUCUGAAGUGCAAGAAGAGCUUCGCACACGAAAAGGAAUUGAUGCUACACAUGUUAUCAUGACGAGCGACGAAAGGGACCCGGAAUGGUGGUCAGAUGUCAGGGCGUUGGGGUGGACGUGGGUAGAUUAUGCAGCAGAACGGACAGAGGAGAUCUAUGGAAAAUGGCAUCCGGUGUUCCUUGAUGCUAUCAUUCAGUCGAAUGGAGCUGGCUUCGUUGGCACUCGCGGUUCUACGAUGUCCACACUAGCUAGCCGCAGAGUGCAAACAUGGCAUGACGGAGCGACUCGGCUCGUUAGAUGGGGGUGGCCGGGCGCGGACGACCACUGAUGCUGAUCGGAAUGCUAGAAUUGAGACUACUUUGCGGCUCACACAUCGUUG